AUGAAUAUUGACGAAUUUUUAAAUCACAUUAAAACUAAUGUUUUAGAUGUUACCAUUCCAGAUACAUCUAUCAUUCUUUCUGAUAGAGAUGGUUUCGUUUUAGGAAAAAAUAUAGAUAAAAACUCAAGUGUAGACAACGUUGUCGAUAGUUCACUUUUAUCAACUUUUUCAUCAUGCACUGACCAAGCCAGUAAAUUACAUGCAGGUUCAAAUAAAAGUAUUGUUAGUUAUUUUAAUGAUAGAAUUGUAGUUCAUAUUAUUGUUUCAAAUGUUAUUUUAUCAAUUGUCACUGACACUGACGCAAAUGUUGGUCUUAUUUUAGGUACUCAAAACGAUUUAAUUAGUUCAUUAAAAAACCUUUCACAAUCAAUUCAAGUAGAUAUUCAAGAUAUGUAA